AUGGUUUGUGGGCAAGUCCCCAGGUGCCGCAGGCUUUGUCGCCCUCGCCCCUUCCUCCUGGCCUUAGUGGUGGCUGUCUGUCUGUUCUGCCAGACCCUGACUCCUCUCAUGACCAGCAGCUUCCUUUCAGCAGUUGUUAAUGGGAUUUCACCACACAAAUUGAGUAAAACACAGCAAGGAAGAUACAAGGAGGUCUCAGCAAGCAGCACUCGCUGCUUCUUCCCUGUCAGUGACGCACAGGCAGUGAAAAAGAUCGAAGACUCCAUUCUCCAGUACUUUGGAAGCCGUACGAGAAGAGCAAUUCUGUAUGCACCUCCUGCCCAUAGUAAAACUGAGCGUCAGCUUUGCGAGCGCAUCCUGAAGAAACAUGGAUAUGCAGUCACAGUCCUUGAAAACAGGAGACUGAUGGAAGAUCUGAGACAUGAGGGCCCUUAUCACAGUGGCAUAAGCCCUUGGGAUCUUCUGAUCUGCUUAUCUUCCAGAAAAAAUGAUGGUACUAGCUGCAUUCAAAGAGAUGACUUGCAUCAUCUAGAGUUAUUCCAAAAGGUAAACCUACUUCCAGAAAUUCAGCAUUUCCUUUGCAGAAAAGAGGGAUUGUGCCAGAUAACAAAAGCCUUUUCAGACCUGCAGCUCCCAGUUGCCACCCCAGAGUGCUUCAGUUGGCAUGGGCUGUCAAGGGCCAGCAUUGCAAGCAACGGCAAGACACACGCUGCCCAUCUACAGCACUUGUGGAGCCAGGCUAAUAGUGCACAGCUGAAUCAGGUCUCAGCCUCACCAGACCACAAGGACAUCUUUAAAGCUCAAGACAUUUCUGUCAUCAUAAAAGCAUAUGUGCUAGUCACAUCCUUAACACCUUUGCGGGCAUUCAUUCAUUCAACCGCCACAGUCUGGCAUCCACCCAAGAAGAAGCACUUUUCUGUAAAGCUGCAAAAGUUUUUUGAGAUGUUCUUCAAAAGCAGUUCUCCCCAGCAAGCCUUUAACAAUAUGAAGGAAGCUAUAAGCAAACUUCUGCUUGUAACUGAGGUCUUCAGUGAAUUAUCUGCCUCAGGACCAAGCUCUUUCAAUCAAUGCAGCCAGUGUUUUCAAAUGCUAACCUUUGACAUUGGGUUCAGCACCUCCUUACACCCAGUAGUUCUUGAGGUGCAUGAAAACUUUGACUUUCAAGAUGAGGAAGAAUCAAAUAUUCAGGACCAAACCUUCAAAGAAGUUAUUUUUGAAGAUACUUUUACAUUUCUCUUAUCUAAUAAAUCGUCAAGUUCAAGUUUCAAAGAGGCUUUAGAAAAUGUGUAUGGAUUAACUGUGAGCAAGGAUGGAAUCUACCACAAAGAAGAUGAGCAAUGUUUGUCUUUAGAAGAGAUAAAUUCCAUAAUUACUUUCAUAAAAGAACUGAAGAAUAUUGGACAAUUUGAGCUGCUUUUCCCUUCUGCUGCACCCAAGAUUCAAACUUUACUGCGUGACCUGUAUCACAUGGUAGACCCAAUGAGACGGCUUGGUUCAGUCCUGACUGUACAUUGGUUGCUUUCCAGUUUACUUGAACAAUUCCAGUUCAUGACUAAAGAGGCACAUACAAAUCUUUCAGAAUGGAGAAGCAAGAAGAGUUCUAGAAACUCAUCUCAAACUAUAAUGAACUGGUUACAGCUUAGGAAUUCUUCUCAAGAAAAUGCAAGACCUAAGCAAAAUGUUCCUUUUAACCUGAGGAAGAAUCAUGAAGCAUUGUUUUAUUCCAGUAAGAAUAAAGAAAGAAAAUGCAGUUAUGAUAAAGAUACCCUAUCUCAUAUCAGGCAUAUCUUCACCAGUCCACAGCUGGAUUUGAACCCUCAGUUUAACCCAAAGAUCAAGGAAUACUAUGCAGAAGUCCCAUUUGACAUGGUGACAGUGAAAAUUGGAGCAGAACCUUCUAACUGUCAAUGCCAAGUACACCUUGAUGAGAAGAAAGGGCCAAGUGUUGCUAACUACCCACUUGGCCUUGGAUUGAACAAAGUCAUAGUUCUUGUAACAGAUGAUUCGCUACCCAACCCUCAGGUUGUGAGCAGCUAUAAAAUCACAAUUUAUCGGGAGGACCGCCCCAGUCUGCCUUUGUUUGAUGACUAUAUGAUAUGUGGUUUUGUGCAGGACUGUGGUUCUCAAAUCCAUCCAGAGGAGUCCUGUGGCUUGCAGCCUCUGUCUCAUGAAUACCUCUCGAGAAUUUCACAGACAGUGCUUAAGACCUGUGAAGCUGGAGACACAAAAGGGCAGUGGAUUGUCCCUUGCCUCAGCUGCUCUGACAACAGAACCUGUGACUGGAGAGCAAUAACAUGGCAGCCCCACAACUGCCAACACGCUGUGCUAGCUAAGCCUGAACUCCAGCGCUGUGUGGAGGGCAGAAGGAUUCUUUUUAUAGGUGACUCAACUAACAGAGGGAUGAUGUACUAUCUAAUAGAAAGAGUGAAUGAGACUCUUCAGGAAUGGCAAAAGACUCAUGAUGUUAAAUGUUAUCAUAAUAUCAAUGAGGGGAAAACAUUUAUCAGUUACUCCUACUAUCCCCAGUUUUGGAUGACUGCAAAACAGAGACCAACUUUUGAAAAAGCGCUAGAACAACUUCUACAGAGAUCACGUCCCCUAGAGAACACAGACCAGACGGUAUUAAUUGUAGGUGGCGUUCAGUGGCUUAAUUCCAAUCACCUGCAAAUUAUCCAAAAGGUGUUGAACAGGGAAAAUCUAUCAAAUAUCCUGGUAAUUAUCAAAUCUAUAGGGAUGGGAUUUCACCUCCCAGUGGAUGGAAUACAUUCUUUAUCACAGGCAGAAGUGCAAAAUUUGUGGAAUGAAAAUUUGAUUAUCCUGGAUACAGCAAAAAAUUAUGGCUAUGAAGUUGUUGACACCUUUGUCAUCACAAUGGGACGUUACAAAGAAUUCCUGCGGGGGAAGUGUGGCUGCCAUUUCCAUGAGGUGGUGAAAUCCAAUCCCUCUGAAGAAAGUCCACACAUAACAAUGACGUUAUCAAGGCACUAUAUGCUGGGGAAAUAUUUCAGCAGUCAAAGCAAGCUAUCACAACUGCAGGACUAUGCAACAAAUUCUCAGUCCCCAUAUCACGUCCGAGGUCCAAUAAACCAAGUUUAUUCUGAAAUCCUUCUGAGCAGGCUCUGUGCAAGUAAGAGGGAGCUUGUCAGCACAUAG